AUGGCCCGUGUGCAUUGCAAAAAUUUGGUGAGAAUAUAUAAACCAUCUUUCUUCUUUCUCUUUGAGACUCAUACCAUGUUUAAUAAUUUGAAGAAUUUUUGGGAUAAGUUGGAUUUUUAUUGUGUUGGUAUUGAGGAAGCAGUAGGACACAGGGGUGGCAUUUGGUUUCUAUCUUCUAUUGCUAAUGCUUCUUGUGUGGUUAUUGAUCAAAUUGACCAAUGUAUCACAGUGAAAGUGAGUGUGGGCCAUAAUAGACCGUGGAUGGCCGUUGGUGAUUUUAAUGAGAUUGUGGCACCAGAUGAGAGUACAAGUGCUUAUUUUUCUUCUCACAGAGCUAGUCUAUUAGCUACUAUUCUAGAUGAUUGUGAGCUCUUUGAUCUUAAAGUGACUAGUAGGAGAUAUACUUGGUAUAGAGCAGUUCAAGCUGGCAGGAACUUGGCUAAAAGGUUGGAUAGAGCUCUAGUUAAUGAGGCGUGGAUGACAAUGUUUCCUGAGGGUUAUUCUGAAAUUCUUAGCAGGCUUCAUUCUGAUCAUUGUCCUAUUUUAGUUCGUUGUCAUGGUAGCCCCAGAGUGAAAGAUAUUCUCCAGGAAGAAGCCCUCUCUUUUUACAAGAAUCUCUUUGGUACAACGGAAGAGGUUGAGGUUGAUUGUUUAGGGGAUGUUCCGAUGCCCACUCUAAGCACUGAGGCUUGUGCUAGGUUAAUUGACCCAGUCUCUUUUGCGGAAGUCAAGUCAGCAGUAUUCAGUAUGAGCCCUUUUAAGGCUCCUGGUCCAAAUGGCUUUCAAGCUUAUUUUUUUAAAGAAUAUUGGGAGAUAGUAGGCACUGAGAUUUAG